GAAAUUGGCAGAUUCCUCCCUCUCCUCCCGCCCCUGCUACUCCCUCGCUCCUCCCUGUCCCGCAGUUUGAGCCCAGCGGUUCUGUUUGUGUGUGUUUGUGUCGCUGCUGGCCGGACUCAUGGCCUCGCCGCUGAGGUUCGACGGGCGGGUGGUACUGGUCACCGGCGCGGGGGGAGGAUUGGGCCGAGCCUAUGCCUUGGCUUUUGCAGAAAGAGGAGCAUUAGUUAUUGUGAAUGAUUUAGGAGGGGACUUCACGGGAGUUGGUAAAGGCUCAUUGGCUGCUGAUAAGGUUGUUGAAGAAAUAAGAAAGAAAGGUGGAAAAGCAGUGGCCAACUAUGAUUCAGUGGAAGCAGGAGAGAAGGUUGUGAAGACAGCUUUGGAUGCUUUUGGAAGAAUAGAUGUUGUGGUCAACAAUGCUGGAAUUCUGAGGGACCGUUCCUUUGCUAGGAUAAGUGAUGAAGACUGGGAUAUAAUCCACAGAGUUCAUUUGCGGGGCUCAUUCCAAGUGACCCGGGCAGCAUGGGGUCACAUGAAGAAACAGCAAUAUGGAAGGAUCAUUAUGACUUCAUCAGCUUCAGGAAUAUAUGGCAACUUUGGCCAGGCCAAUUAUAGUGCUGCAAAGCUGGGUCUUCUGGGCCUGUCAAAUUCUCUUGCAAUUGAAGGCAGUAAAAGCAACAUUCAUUGUAACACUAUUGCCCCUGCUGCUGGAUCACGGAUGACUCAGACUGUUAUGCCUGAGGAUAUUGUGGAAGCUCUGAAGCCAGAUUAUGUGGCACCCCUGGUCCUUUGGCUUUGCCACGAGAGUUGUGAAGAAAAUGGUGGUUUAUUUGAGGUUGGAGCAGGAUGGAUUGGAAAAUUACGCUGGGAGCGGACCCUUGGAGCCAUUGUAAGACAGAAGAAUCAGCCAAUGACUCCUGAGGCAGUGAAGGCUAAUUGGAAAAAGAUCUGUGACUUCAAUAAUGCCAGCAAACCUCAGACUAUCCAAGAGUCAACUGGAGGUAUGCUUGAAGUUCUAAGUAAAAUAGAUUCAGAAGAAGGAGUUUCAGCAAAUCAUACCAGUCAUACAGCAUCUGCAGCAACAUCAGGAUUUGCUGGAGCUAUUGGCCAUAAACUCCCUCCAUUUUCUUCUGCUUAUACGGAACUGGAAACUAUUAUGUAUGCCCUUGGAGUGGGAGCAUCAGUCAAGAAUCCAAAAGAUUUGAAAUUUAUUUAUGAAGGAAGCUCUGAUUUCUCCUGUUUGCCUACCUUUGGAGUUAUAGUGGGUCAGAAGUCUAUAAUGGGUGGAGGAUUAGCAGAUAUUCCUGGGCUUUCAGUCAACCUUGCAAAGGUCCUUCACGGGGAGCAAUACUUGGAGUUAUAUAAACCACUUCCCAGAGCAGGAAAAUUAAAAUGUGAAGCAGUUGUUGCUGAUGUCCUAGAUAAAGGAUCUGGUGUAGUAAUUCUUAUGGAUGUCUAUUCUUAUUCUGAGGAGGAACUUAUAUGCUAUAAUCAGUUCUCUAUCUUUCUUGUUGGCUCCGGAGGCUUUGGUGGAAAACGGACAUCAGACAAAGCCAAGGUAGCUGUAGCCAUACCUAAUAGACCUCCGGACGCUAUACUUAAGGAUACCACCUCACUUAAUCAGGCUGCUUUGUAUCGCCUCAGUGGAGACUGGAAUCCUUUGCACAUUGAUCCUAACUUCGCUAGCCUAGCGGGUUCGGGAAGGGUCAUACACCUACAUGGAUCUUCCAAUUUUUUUCCCACAAGUAGAAGAGUUUCAUUUUAAAACAUUUUUAACCUCACAACUUUUUUUGUUUUUUUAAAGGCUCAUUUUGCAAAACCAGUAUAUCCAGGACAAACUCUACAAACUGAGAUGUGGAAAGAAGGAAACAGAAUUCAUUUUCAAACCAAGGUCCAAGAAACUGGAGACAUCGUCAUUUCAAAUGCAUAUGUGGAUCUUACUCCAACAUCUGAUAUUUCAGCUAAGACACCCUCUAAAGGUGGGGAGCUUCAGAGUACCCUUGUAUUUGAGGAAAUAGCUCGCCGCCUUAAGGAUAUUGGGCGUGAGGUGGUAAAGAAAGUAAAUGCUGUAUUUGAGUGGCACAUCACUAAAGGUGGAAAUAUUGCAACUAAGUGGACUGUUGACCUGAAAAAUGAUUCUGGAAAAGUGUACCAAGGUCCUGCAAAAGGCUCUGCAGAUACAACCAUCAUACUUUCAGAUGAAGAUUUCAUGGAGGUAGUCCUGGGCAAGCUCGACCCUCAGAAGGCAUUCUUUAGUGGUAGACUGAAGGCCAGAGGGAACAUCAUGCUGAGCCAGAAGCUUCGGAUGAUUCUUAAAGACUACGCCAAGCUCUGAAGGGCACACUGCACUAUUAAUAAAAAUAGAAUAAUUAAAUACUCUCUUCACCCAAAUAAGAUUAUUCAGAAAUAAUAAGAUUGAUUAUUCUGCAAAAAUGAUCAAAACUAAAAUGCCAAGGAAUUGCUUAACAUUUUCAGAUAACUUUUCAGCCUUUCAUUUUCUACUAAUUUUUCAUGUAUCAUUUUUAUGAGGAACUGUAUGUAAGCUAGCACAUAAUUAUCCUCUGUUCUUAGAUCUGUAUCUUCAUAAUAAAAACUUUUCACCCAAGUCUAGUUUCUUUAGAAUUUGUGAUAGCAUUUAUAAGUUGAAAGAAAAAUUAAAUGAAUAAGAGCCACUUUGAUACUUU